GGGAGUUGCAUCACGGCGUCAUGGUUUGGUAUAAAUGUUCCUCCUGCACCGUCUACCUCACAUUUAACCGAUCUUUUCUAUCGACUUGUUUGUUUUGCACUAGUAAACCCACCUAUUUUACUGCUCGAUAGUAUUUCUGUGAAGUCCAACAUGACUCUACGAGUAUUAGUUUUACUUCUCUCCCUUUCUGUUGCUGCCCUCUCUUACGAGUACGAUGAUGAUCAAGAAAAAGCCUGCUCUUUCGGAGGAAUGAAAUACCUGUGUGAGAACUACGAGAUCUGCUCUGAGUUCGGACUGAUUGACGAGGAUGCUAAAAACGCUCUUUGUGGAGCUUAUCUCGAUGAACUCAACUUUAGCCCAAGUAAUGGUCCUGUCUUCACCUCUGAUACUAGAGCCGAGACUGAGCGACCCACAAAGGAAGAAGAGUACCCCACUACAUAUGUAUACACCAGUGAGAACGCUGUCACCACUGGAGACUCCUAUUCGUCCCCUCAACAGACUACUGAGGCUGAUGAUACCUUCACCACCUACCCUUAUACUACAGAGGCAGAAGCCGAACCCACCGUAGACCCUGAAGUGGUGAAACAGCCCCCAGUCAUCACCAUCGCUCCAGUCAAUAUUACUGUUGCUCCUGGUGGAACUGGUAGAUUUGAUUGUGAAGCAAAGGCCGCCAUGACCCCUCAGAUUACCCUUACCAGGAAAGACCAGCUGUCCAGACCCAACCUGGAAUCCUUCAAUGCUUUCAGCAGCGGUCAUGUCAGUCAGACGACCAUCAACUCUAUCACAAUCAACAAUGUGGACGAACCUAAUGAAGGCUGGUACACAUGUCUUGCCUGCAACAGACAAGGCUGUGAUGAAGUGGACGCCUAUCUGACUGUACUGGAUCUGUGUGAGGGAGUGACCUGCCCCGGGGAGAAACAGUGUGUCGGGAACUACGCUUCUGGACACGGACAUACCUGUGAGUGUCCUUCAUACUGUGAUAGAGCGGACAUGUUCGCCAGUGACUUUGUCUGCUCUAACUAUUGUGAGGAACAAUUCAACGAGUGCCUGAUGAAGGACGAUGCCUGCAGGAACGACAAGUUCGGAAUUGAAGUCAUGAACAAAGGAAGAUGUGGCAAGAUUGAGAACCCAGAGAUUUUGGAAGAGGAAUUCGCUCAUGGAGUCUUCGAGCUGGAGGAAGGUGAUGAACUGAUUCUCGAAUGUAAUGCUAUAGGAUUCCCUGAGCCUGAGAUUGUGUGGUACAGACACGACGAGAUUGUAGGACAUGGCAACUACCUGAUAAAGUCUGUCUCUGUUGCUGAUGGUGGGGAGUAUACUUGCGAGGCUGUGAACUGCAUGACCACCAAAGUUAGUAAAAUUCUAGCUGCUGUCGUAGUCAAAGAAAUCCCUCCUCCUCUCCCUGCUAUUGUUACCACUAUUGCACCGGUUAUCACAUCCACUGAACCAGCUUCCUUCGACAACAUCAUCGUGGAAACCCCUAGAGCUACUUGUGCGGUAUACGGAGACCCUCAUUUUCUGACCUACGACAAGAACGCCUACACCUACAUGGGACUGUGUGACAAUGUCUUGGCUAUGGACUGUGAAUCUGCACGCUGGUUCGUCUACGGAAGAAUGAGGGCCUGUGGAAAGACCGGGGGUUCCUGCUUGGAGUCUGUCACCGUCUUCGUUGAUAAUGAUAUUCUUGAGCUCCAGAGAGGAUGGUUGGUAAACAGAAACGGAAAGAAGCUCGUCACCAAGAACCGUAAAAAUAAAGAGAUCGUCGUGAAAGGAAAAAACCAAGACUUCACCCUCCUGUUUGACGGAGCUAUGCUCACUCUCACCGCUAUCCUCGACACCAGGGCGACCGCCACCCCUGGAGUCUACGAAGAAGACAAGCUUGUUGUCCGUUGGGAUGGCUUCGUCUCUGUUCAGAUCCAGACACCCAUCAGCACCAGAACUUGUGGAAUGUGCGGUAACAACGACGGCAGACCUGAGAACGAUAUGACAACUCGUCGUCGUAAGAUGACAGACAAUGUAGACGAGUUCGGAGACAGCUGGCAGAUCGAUCCUAUGGGAAGGUGUCCUGAAACCCAGAAAGCAAGAACAUCUGAGGAGGUGUGCGGAGAGAGGUACCAGGAAGUGAAGACGGAAUGUGAGCGAGUGUUCAGCAUCACCAAGUUCCAGGGUUGUAUUGCAGCUGGACACGACACUGCCCAGUGGAUAGACAGUUGUGUCUACGACGAGUGCGAGGGACUUAUGCAGAAAGAGGAGUUGCCUCCUAAAUGUGUGGUGGCUCAAGCUUUCGCUACUCAGUGCGGUAACCUGUUCUGGGAAAAUGGAGACCCUGUCCCAAGGAUUAACAACGAUAUCACCAACUGGGAGAUGGAAGCUGGAUGUCCCGAUGAAUCAAAGAGGUACCAACCCAUCCUGGACACGGGAUGUCCUCAACCUACUCUCGAGGAGGAACUCGCUGGAACCUUCUAAAUCAACCGAAAACUAAAGAUUAUUUGAGAUUUAUUUGAUAUGGAUAUUUGUUAUUGUAUUUUUGAGAGUUGAUUGUUUGACAUCGUUGACGAUAUUUUAGUGACAUUUCUAACUUUUUGCUUUUACAUUAUAUUUGGAAUUUGUUUUAUACUAAACAGCAAACAUUGACCAUUUUUGUCAUAUUUGGGGAUUUAUUAAUAAUGAGAUUUAUCCGGAGGGGUAUUUGUAAUUUUGUAUGUUUUUAAUUGAUAAAUGUAUUAUUGAACCGUUAUUAAAAAGUACUACCUGUUAAA